UACAUUUUUUUUUUCCAGCUAUUUAGCAUCAGAAAUGAAUCAACUCAAAACCUACUUUCUCAGUCGAAAGAAUGGGCUCAACUUCACAAUACCCGACCGCUUAAUAUGCGUCUUUAAAUAGCUGCAAUCGAUUUGUUAACGUUCAAAAGUGGCCGGGUAUUCUGACGUUGCUCCAAAGAAUGUUUAGUUUGGAAGUAGGAAAAUGAAGUGAUGGAGAGUGUAAUCCGAGGAAUCAAAAAGUGUUCAUUGAAAAGGAGAAAUUUAUUGGAAAAUUCCUCCUUAUCAUAAUAUUACACAGUCAUGUAUCUCUUGAGAUGAAAUUGCAGCUGAAUUGUAAUUAAAAGAUAACAUAAUGAUAAUGAACAUAAUGAUAAAUGUGUAAAGUAAAGUGUUCCUUGUAUCAUGAUAAUUUUCACAGGCUAGGGAAGUAUGAAAUACCGUAGCACUCGAGGAAAAGUGCAGGCAGACUCAUUUGAAGAUGUUCUAUUCAGUGGCUUCACCAGCGAUGGUGGACUGUUCAUGCCUGAGAAAAUCCCAGUUGUUGAUAAUUGCACACUAGGAAAGUGGAAGAAUCUUUCAUAUCAGGAGCUGGUGUGUGAAGUGACUUCAUUGUUUAUCCCUGCAGAAGAAAUACCACCAGAGAAAUUAAAAGAUCUUGUUAAAAAUGCAUACGCUGAAUUCCAACACAAGAACAUUGUUUCCUUGGCGGCAGUGAACAACUUCCAUGUGUUAGAGUUGUUUCAUGGCAAGACAUUGGCAUUUAAGGAUUUUGCUUUGGCAUGUGUUGGGGUAUUCAUAGAUUAUUUUCUGAACAAGAGAAAGAAACAUGUUAUUACUGUAGUGUCAACUUCUGGUGAUACAGGCAGUGCUGCCAUUGAAAGUGUAAGGAAAUCAAAGUGGGUUGAUAUCAUAGUCAUGUAUCCUGAAGGACGCUGUAGUCAGAUUCAGGAACUACAGAUGACAACCAUUCUUGACAAGAAUGUACACGUCAUCAGAGGAGAAGGUACAUCAGAUGACUUGGAUUUUCCAAUGAAGAAGUGUUUUUCAGAUGAUGCAUUUGUAAAAUCAAAUAAUCUUUGUGUGAUAAACUCUAUCAACUGGUGUCGCAUAAUGGUACAAACAGUGCAUCUUCUUUAUGGUUACUUGAGGGUUUGCCCUGAUGUUGGGGACACAGUAAAGUUUGUAAUACCAACAGGUGCACUUGGACAUUGCACAGCUGCCAUGUGUCUGUAUAAAAUGGGUGUCCCUCUGCAAGUGGUGUGUGCUGUCAAUGAGAAUGACAUUGUGCACAGAACCCUAUCUGUUGGCAACUUUAGCUCCAGUGGAGAUGUUAGGCAUACAUGGUCAUGUUCUAUGGAUAUUGAGGUUCCUUACAACAUGGAACGUCUGCUGUUACUCUUUUCUGACAUGAAUUAUGGUCGUGUAGAUUCACUGAUGAGAGAUUUUGAACACAAUAAUUCACUGAUGAUACCUGAAGAUUUAAAAGAAAAGAUGUGUAAGGUCUUGUCAUCUGCCUCUGUGUCAUGUGACCAAACACUACAAACAAUGAAGGAAUGCUGGGAUGAGAACCAGUACCUCCUCUGCCCACACACAGCUGUUGGUGUCAAAGUGGUCUGGGACCAAAGACAUACCACUGAUCAACAGACACCCAUCGUAUGCGUGGCCACAGCAAGUCCCGCCAAAUUCCCAGAGGCCGUGAGGGCUGCUGGCAUUAAAAUGCCGCCGUACCCGCAGUUAGCUGAGCUAUUCACGAGUCCCACAAGGUACACGGAAAUGAAGAAAGGAGAGGACUGGUAUCAAAUAUUGAGGGACAUGAUAAAAGAUAUUUCCAAAACACCUUACAACAUAAACAAUGGCAUUGAAAACGAGAGUGAAGACAAAUUUUAAACCCGACCAUAGGAGGUUUAUUUUAUGAGUUUGGAAUUUUUUAUCAUUGUAUUAAAUUGAAGGGAGCCCUCGCGCGUUCCACGAGGUGAUGGCAAUUUCCCUUCGUGAUCGACAGAGUCCGCUUUAUUGUUAUUCUCAUGGGAUGGACUUUCAACCUUUUCCUCACCGGAGGCGCCUGGUUUUGAAACUGUUUUAUUUGCGACCCGUGGAUCGUCGAUUCGUAAAGAAUGAAUAAAUUUUUCAUCUAUUUCAUCGAA